AUGUACGAAUGGGAAAAUACCCGCUCGAGGAGGUGCGAAUCCACUCUUAGUGACCGCCAGCUAAUCGGACAGAUCUCUGAGGAUCCGCUGUCCGCGGAAGAAAGUGGCGGCCGCGGUUACGAACUAGGGUUAAUCGAAAGGGAGAAAAAAGGUCCCUCGGAGCCGGUUCCUUAUGUCCCUACUGCAACCUCCGCGGUAGAGACAACGGCCGCGGAACAAGAUACUCUCGAGGUCGACGAGGUCAAGAUGGAAGCAGAGGACCACUUAGCAAGGGAAUACGUCCAGGAAUUUGUCCUUGAUCAUCUCGAUCCCGCCGACGUUAAGCGCGAGGUAAGACUUAGCUCGCCGGCGAUGAUGGUAAACGGUAGCAUCGCGGGCCAGAUCGCGGGUCUCGCGUUGGCACCACUAACUCCCCCAGCUCACGAGCUGGAACAACCGCAUCCGCUGUACGGACAGCCGCAUAUUCAAGUUCAACACGGGGUUCUGGUAAAAGCUCCGCCAGGAGCAGCAACGCAUCUUACAACUCUUUCUCACCCUGGAACUCCGCCGGAUACUCCUCCAGUUUCGGCUUCUCCUCCCCUGCAGCACCAUCACCGCGGAAAUGAUCGCGAUUUGAGGAACGAAAAAACGGGGUUCCUUUUGAACCUCCAACAGCAGCAACAUCAAAUGCCUCAGGAUGCUGAGAUGCAUCAGAUGAACGGCGGAAUGGGAUGGCUUACUCAGUCUCUUAGGCAAGAACCUCUAGAUUUGAGGCCUCACUGUCCUCAAGAACAAACUCCUGAACCUCCUCCUGAGAGCUGGUCUUCCAGUCAUCAUCAUUUUCAAGAGCUUCAGCAUCUUCCAAGGCAUAUCAGGCAUGCAGCUCCAUAUAUCACAAUGUCAGACUGCUACGGCCCAGGAUCAGGAGGAGGAAACGGAAUUUUGCCUCCAAGCAACGGAAUCUUAAACGGAAUGGACGACAGCAUGCACACAAUGUCAAUGCAGCCUGGAAGGCCUUUAAGUGUCUGUUCUGCAAAUUCUUGCGGACCUGGCGGGCCGAGUCCAGUGCACCGUUCCAGCGGGCACUACCUAAACUGCAACAGCAGCAGCUCCCAGGACGACCUGAUGAACGACGAAGUCCUGAUGUCCUUGUCUGUCCGCGAGCUCAAUAAGCGACUCCACGGCUGCCCUCGGGAGGAGAUCGUGCGAUUGAAGCAGAAGCGACGGACCCUUAAAAACCGCGGAUACGCGCAGAACUGCCGAAGCAAGCGACUGCAGCAGCGUCACGACCUGGAGACCACUAACGGGAACCUUAAAAUUGAGCUCCAGGAGAUUAAGAUUAAAAACGCUCAAUUGACGCAAGAACGCGACAUGUACAAGCAGAGGUACGAAAUUCUCCGCGCGAGGUGCAACCAAAACCACGGAAGUCAUCAGAACCAUCAGAACAGCCAGUCUCAGACCAACGGACAGAUUAACCCUCAACACCAGCACCAGGGACCAGGACACCACCAUCAGCCGGGGCCCGCCAGUCCCGAAGUUUAUCUGUGA